CUCUCGCUGCCCAGCCCGGCCUGCCUCGGCUUUGGUGUUCCGAUCGCGGGCCCGGCUUCUCAGCACACCCAGCCCUAGCUGCCCCCAGAGCCUGUCCCAGACCUGCAGAAGCCCCGGCGCCAGCCCGGGCCCGCGGCGGGGAGGAUGACGGAGCUGCAGUCGGCGCUGCUGCUGAGAAGACAGCUGGCAGAACUCAACAAAAAUCCAGUGGAAGGCUUUUCAGCAGGUUUAAUAGACGACAAUGACCUCUACCGGUGGGAAGUCCUUAUUAUUGGCCCUCCAGAUACACUUUAUGAAGGUGGUGUUUUUAAGGCUCAUCUCACUUUCCCAAAAGAUUAUCCCCUCCGGCCUCCUAAAAUGAAGUUCAUUACAGAAAUCUGGCACCCCAAUGUUGACAAAAAUGGUGAUGUUUGCAUUUCUAUUCUUCAUGAACCUGGUGAGGAUAAAUAUGGUUAUGAAAAACCAGAAGAACGCUGGCUCCCUAUCCAUACUGUGGAAACCAUCAUGAUUAGUGUCAUUUCCAUGCUGGCCGAUCCCAAUGGAGAUUCACCUGCUAAUGUGGAUGCUGCGAAAGAAUGGAGGGAAGACAGAAAUGGAGAAUUUAAAAGGAAAGUCGCCCGCUGUGUAAGAAAAAGCCAAGAAACUGCUUUUGAGUGACAUUUAUUCAGCAGCUAGAAAUUUCACUUAUUUCAGGGUCUCCCAUUGAGAAACACGGCACUGUUUUCCUGCACUCUACCCACCUGUGGCUGGACUUCUGUUGGAACGAGUUGGCAGACACUGGCUGGAACUGGGCUGCAAUAAAGCACGCCAGUCGUCAGUGCUGACAGGAGCCUAACAAGUGCCAGCUUUUCAGAUGGUGAUGCGUUGGGUCCUAAUGAACUGUCUUAGCCUUCAGGAAGGAUGUAAAGACCUGUACAUAGCACAACAUGGUCCGAAUAAUAUAUAUGCCGUUCAUGGACAUCCACACACACACCUUGUACCAAAUAAUGCUUUCUGUAGUAGAAUAAGAAUCGUGUACAUUCUGAAAGAUUUUAGCAGGUUUUCUUUCCUUACUCAUUGUUUCUUUCAGUUUUAAGACUUCUUAAAGCAUGUCAGAUGAAAAGCAAUUAGGAUUAAAAGUUUCCAUUUAAUUUCCUUUAAACCAUGGAGGCUUCAUGAAACUCCUUUCACUUUCCCAUCCUAGACUUUUUCUGUCUUCUUUGUUUUGACACACUCCUUUUUGCUUUUGUCUCUUCUCUGUGCCAGAAAGUUCUCAGAUCAUUUAAUCGAAUACUGAGGUAGUUAGUAAGCAGUUACUUGAUUUUUAUUGAUGACCGCAGAGGAGUGGUCAUCACUAGGUGCUUUGUCCUUUUGUAUUCUAGUUGCACCCUUGGAUUGGAUUAGCAAUAACAUUUCCUGGCUGUUGAGAGCUCUUGAACCCAGUCAUUAUCCCCAAACUAAACUUACUGAAAUUGACCCCAAACAAUACAAACUCUGUUAGGUUUUACUUUUGCCUUCAGUUGCCCAGUGUUAAGGGUGGAUCAGUAAAGCAUGCAGAGCUGCUGGCUUUCUCCUUCUGGGUUUGCUGUUAAAAUACUAUUUGGCCUCACACUUUUCUUAGUCCUUUAUGUUUCUUUGUCUCUCUUCUAUACUGCAGAUUUUUGCUCACCUAUUGUACAAAGAAAUUGCGAUGUAUAUUUUCAUGUAAUUUGAUUUUGGAAUUCUGUCACCUUAUGUAGUGAGUUCUUCCAAAAUACAAUUUUUUUCCAAUAAUUGUCAAGUUGUUGUUGGCUUUUAUUGUAUUGAAUGAAGGUUAUAGUACUGAAUGCCAGAGAAGUGCAGUUUAGAAAAUCUCAGGUUGAUUCCUUAUGCAAACAAACUUAAUACUUGAAAAUCACAUGGCCAUGGUAUUAUGUGAAUUGGGUUUUAUCUAGAUUCUUAACAUGAAUCUAAAAAGCAUUGCAGGAGUAAAUGCUUUGCUGUUUGAUACACAGAUUCUGUCACUGAUGUAGCACACUUGGAUUUGAUUAAUGUUUGACAUAAGUAUAUUUCAUAUCAUACAGUUUUUUAAAACAAGUUUAGCAACUGAUAAAAUGAGAAUUGCAGUGUUAGAGUUAGGCCUAGCCUUUCCUCUUUUUGUUACGAGGUUAAGUGGGAAGUAGUGUUUGGCAAAUGAGGGGUAGAACUUGAGACAGUUCCAGACAGGGCAUGGUGUUUGAUUGUGAGAGUCAUUGCAUCUCUGCUCUGAGAGAGUUUGGUGGCAAUGCUUUGGCAGAAAAGCGAAAGGGUUCCUGCCAGCAGUCCAGACCUCUACCAAAUUUGUGUGUCCUUUUUAAAGCAGAAGUAAAAUGAUAAAGGGUGUCGACAGUAGAGAUGGAGGUUUUUUCCCCUAAACACCAGUCAGUUUUUCACUCUGAAGCAUUGUAAAAACCCAUAACAUUUUUUUAAAAACAUAUAAAUGUGUAGUGACUGUGAAAAUUGAGUUGAUUCACUGGAGCCCGAUUUUCUUUGAUCACUUGGUGACUAUUUUUUUUAAGAGGCUGUAAAAUUUACUGCCCCAAAGUGCUAGCACUGCACUCCUACAAGGGACUUGAAAUGUAGUCCUUUUUACUCGGAUCAUAAAUUGUCCACAGUGGUAUCUUGCUUGUGGCAAGAUGGAGUUAGAAUUUUCCUUUUCUAAUUGCUGUGAUCCUGCUAACAACCUAUUGACUUAAAAUCUGGGAUUUGACUCCUCAACAAGUAGCUAAUGACCCAGUACCUCAGGGAUAACUAUUUCUGAACUGUAAGUGCCACUACAGUUAUUCUGGUAGAACCAUGUGGGUAUUGAGGGCUAGAUCUAGGGGAGUGGAAGAGCCAGAAGUGAAUGCCUCUCUCACACUGUUUCCACCCGGUGCCCCGACCGUGCUACAAACACACAGGCCUCAGCAGAAGUUAGGACUCUUUUCCUCUGUCAGAGAUGUCAUCUGUGCCUUUCCCAGUGUUCAUCUGACAAUGUGAAUUGAAAUGCCUCUCUGUUAUUAACUCACACUUGGGUGACACUGAACCAGGUGGUUUUUGACCCACCACUGCCUCAUCGUUAGAAUGUGAGGUAAUUUUUCUCUGCUUUAGGAAAAGGAGUUUUCCUUCCUAACCUUGUGCCAAUCAUCAGCGUCUACAUAGUCCUUUGGGUUAUAGAACUGUCAGCUGUUUUCUAAAUUCCAAGUUCUUGUAGAGGCUUAGGGAAUUCAGUCUGUGUUCAUAAAGGAUGAUCUCUCAGUGGCUUUCUGAGUGCCUCUUUUGAGUUUAAUCCAUAUGAAUUUGAUUUCCUUGUCAUUGUAAACCUUGUAAGUUCAUGAGGUUAUCCCACUGGUUCUGUGAUCACUUGGGGUGUCAUGGUUAUCUUUAAUGGCCUUUAUUCCCAGUUGUGAAAUUUCAUAUGCUUGCUCUUCUCUACAGAUCUGCCCUCUUUGGGUGGUGGUGCCUGUGUAUUUUGCCCGUCUGGUCUCCAGUUGGUGGAAUUACCUUUUUUGUACUGCCACUUCUCAGCAUCUUUGAAAAUUUGACAUAAUAUUGCUUCAUUCCAGUUUUCUUUUUUUUUCUUUUCUUUUUUUUAAGUUCUGUAAUUUGUUGAUUGUAUUUAACUAUGUGAGUUUUGUUGUGAUGUUUACUGUAUUGUAAAGCACCUCAAUCAUGUGAUGGGUGCUCUAUAAAUCAAUAAAUGAUGACUUAGAGGCUGUA